GGCCUGGUGAUUGGGCUGGGCUCUCACCUGGCCCGGUGGAAGGGGCCCGGAACCCUAGAACCUCAGACUGGAGUCCGGCCCCAGCCUCUUGGGAGCUCCGUGGGUCCCGACCCAGCGGACGGUCCAGGGUGAAGGCGGGUCUCUAUCAUCACUGUAUUUCCAGGUCUAGAACAGCACAAAAUGUGGAAGACUGAGGCCUGUUGAAAGUGCAGAACUCAGCCCCAACAUUCAUUGCCCCCAAAAGCUUCAUGCAGGUGCCACAGAAUGGAGAGGACUUUGCCAGCCAACCCUGGUACCACGGCCUCCUGUCCCGCCAGAAGGCAGAGGCUCUUCUUCAGCAAGAUGGUGACUUCUUGGUUCGUGCGUCUAGGACCUGUGGGGAUCACCCUGUGAUCUCCUGCCGCUGGCAGGGCUCUGCCCUGCACUUUGAGGUGCUUCGUGUGGCCUUGCGUCCCCGGCCAGGCCGGCCCACAGCCCUCUUUCAGCUGGAGGAUGAGCGUUUCCCAAGCCUGCCUGCCCUGAUUCGCAGCUAUGUGAAUGGGCAGCGUCCACUGACCCAGGCUACAGGGGCUGUGGCCUCCAGGCCGGUGAUGCGGCAAGGGCCUAUCCAACGCAGCUUCAGUGAGGACACCCUCCUAGACAGCCUGUCUCGGAUAGAGCUACUCAGGGCUAGGAAGUGGAGUGACAGUCAGCCUGCAGGUUUGGAACAUGUGGGGUGGUCAAGAGAAGGCCACUCUGAACCAGGAGCCUCCACUGGGCCCACACUUGCCCUGUCUUGCAUGGGUAGUGACCCUGAGUUGCUGAGGACCCCGGCUCCCCUGGGAUCCAUCGCUGACAGCCUCAGUGCCUCAGAUGGGCAGCUUCAUGCCAAGGCGCCCAACAAGCCACCUCGAACGUCCUCACUGGUGCUGCCUGAUGCCUCUGAACAGCCCCCAACUUACUGUGAGCUGGUGCUCCGGGUGCCCAGCGCCCAGGGAACACCCCCUGGCCACCAGUGCCCAGAGCCAGAAGCCCCAUGGUGGGAGGCCCAGGAGGAGGAGGAGGAGAAAUGUUUUGCAAGACCACAGGCAGACAUCUCUUUCUGCCACCCCGGCAAAUCCUCUGGCCUUCUGGACCCCCAGAAUCGGCCCCUGGAGCCCAAAGUCCUGCAUACUCUCCGUGGCCUGUUCCUGGAGCACCAUCCUGGGAGCACUGCCCUCCACCUGCUGUUGGCAGACUGCCAGGCUGCCGGCCUGCUGGGAGUGACCAAGGCUCAGCGGGAUGCCAUGGGGGUUGCCUCCGGCCUGGAGCUGCUCACACUUCCCCAUGGCCAGCGCUUGAGGUCAGAGCUGCUGGAAAGGCACGAGGUGCUGGUGCUGGCCGGUGCGCUGGCGGUGCUGGGCUGCACGGGGCCGCUGGAGGAGCGCACAGCCGCCCUGAGGGGCCUGGUGGAACUGGCGCUGGCGCUACGGCCUGGGGCGGCGGGGGACCUGCCCGGACUGGCCGCUGUCAUGGGCGUCCUGCUCAUGCCCCAGGUGUCCCGGCUGGAACAAACGUGGCGCCAGCUCCGAAGGAGCCACACCGAGGCCGCAGUGGCCUUCGAGCAGGAGCUGAAGCCGCUGAUGCGGGCGCUGGAUGAGGGCGCUGGACCCUGCGACCCUGGCGAGGUGGCGCUGCCUCACGUGGCCCCCGCGGUGCGCCUGCUGGAAGGCGAGGAACUGCCUGGGCCGCUAGACGAGAGUUGUGAGCAGUUGCUGCGCACCCUGCAGGGGGCGCGUCAGAUGGCCCAGGACGCACCCAAGUUUCGCAAGGCCGCCGCCCAGCGCCUGCAAGGAUUCCGGCCGAAUCCCGACCUGCAGGAGGCCCUGACCACUAACUUCCUGCGGAGGCUGCUCUGGGGGAGCCGGGGUGAGGGGGCUCCGAGGGACAGUCGUCUGGAGAAGUUCCAGCAGGUGCUCAGUGUCCUGUCACUGCGCCUGGAGCCUGACUGCUGAGAGCGCAGACCCCCUUCUUCACACUCGGACGCCCAGACCUCUGGUGACCCCAGCAGGACACCUAGGGAAUCAUCCCAGUUUGCUCACAGAGCCAAACAGGGUGAGGACACACACUCUGGCUUGCAGAAGGGAGGGGGGGGGGGGCAGGUUUGCAAGAACCCACCCUGCCCCCUAAAAAUAUACAGGGAUAUUGGGGUGAGGGGCAGCCUCCCCCC